ACAAAACUUUGAUCUAAUUAAUCAACAAGUUUAAUUUAUAUCAUAAUGGCCGAAAAGUUAUCUGAACAGCAAAUUGCUGAAUUCAAGGAAGCCUUCUCCUUGUUCGACAAGGACAGCGAUGGAAAAAUCACCACCAAGGAAUUGGGUACCGUCAUGAGAUCUCUUGGACAAAACCCAAGCGAAAGUGAACUCACUGAUAUGAUAAACGAAGUUGAUGUUGACAGUGAUGGAACCAUUGAUUUCCCAGAAUUCUUGACCAUGAUGGCUAGAAAGAUGAAGGAUACCGACUCUGAGGCCGAGAUUGCCGAAGCCUUCAAGGUUUUCGACAGAAAUGGAGAUGGUAAGAUAAGUGCCGCUGAAUUGAGACACGUCUUGACUUCUAUCGGUGAGAAGUUAUCUGAUGCUGAUGUUGAUCAAAUGAUCAGAGAAGCUGAUACCAACAAUGAUGGUGAAAUUGAUAUCCAAGAAUUCACCCAGUUACUAGCUGCUAAAUAG